AGCUACAAAAAUUAGAAGAAAAAAGGUCCGCUGAGCUUGAAGAGAAACUUAAAGAAUUCGAAGCAAAAGAGGAUAUGCUCAAUACAAAAAUCCUUGACCUGGAAAAGGCAGGAAUGGAGAGAAAAAUUUCUGAUUUGGAAAAAGAACGCGUUGAAGCCAAAGAAGAGAGUAUGCGAUGGGAAGGAGAACUAAGGAACUUAAAGGGCGAAAUUUCUGAUUUGAAAGAGCAACUGAGACUUGCAAACCGACCUUUGUGGAAGAAAUUGUUCAACAUUGAUGGCGAAAGAAAACCUAGCGAGUAAUCUCGAAAAACUGCAAAGUUGUGUUCGUGUUGAUAAGUAAGGAGUAGGAUCCGAAGGAAAAGAAUAUAUCCGUAUGCACGAGAACCCACGACAGGGUUUAGAGAACAAUGAUUUAAUUGAACUGUUAGGAAACUCGGAAAUUUCAAUGUCUAUUUAUAGAAAACUUGGACAUUUUCAUGUCUAUUUAGCGUUUGAUCCAGGAAUAAUAGAACAUGUACCUAAAGAUUA